AUGGAGGCAUCAGAAGAGGACGAGGAAGACAAUGAGGAGUUCCUGGAGCAGCUGAUGGUGCGGACAGGACAGGGAGUGCCGCUGCAGGAGCUGGAGGAGCAGUAUGACGUGUUGGAGGAACUGGGCAGUGGGACCUACGGCCGCGUGGUGCUCACAGAACCUCGGGAUGGUGGCUCACCAGUAGUCCUCAAGCUGAUGGCAAAGGAGCAAACGGACCGGCGGGCAUUCCUGCGGGAGUACUGCAUCACCUUGUGUCUCUCCAGCCAUGACACUUGCAUCCGUGCCCUGCCCAUCGUCUUUGAGAGUGCCACGCACUUUGCCUUUGGGCAGGAAUUUGCCCCUGCUGGGGACCUGUGUGCCCUCCUCAAUCCGGGGGAGGGUCUUCCGGAGGUGCUGGUGAAGCGCUGUGCAUCCCAGGUGGCUGAGGCAUUGGAUUUCAUGCACAGCCGGGCCCUGGUACACCGGGACGUGAAGCUGGACAAUGUGCUACUCUUCGACAGCGAGUGCCGGCGGGUGAAGCUGGGUGACUUUGGGCUCACACGCCUGCAGGGUUCUGCAGUCUGUGCCAUGUCCAGUGCUCUGCCCUACGCCGCACCAGAGCUCUGCCUGCUCCAGGGCUCCGAUACGUUGGAGCUGGACUCCAGCCUGGAUGUGUGGGCUUUUGCUGUGCUGCUCUUCUGCCUCUGCACAGGCUGCUUCCCCUGGGCCAUGGCUGUCAGCUCUGACCCACAAUUUGAGGACUUCAGUACCUGGCAGGGCAGUGCAGUGAGGUGGGGGGUGCCAUCAUCAUGGCAGACUUUCGGCUCUGGGGCACAAGAGAUGUUCCGGCGCCUGCUCACACUCGACCCUGACCGCCGGAGCCCAGCCAUCGAGGUGCAAAAAUACCUGUCCCUGCCAUGGCUGAUGGCCCAGAGGCAUGGUUCAGAGAACACCAGGCCUCAGCUUGCAAAUCAUAACAGACAGGAACUGGCACUGAGCAGUUCCCAGGUCCCCAUUGCCCAGGGCUGUGCCUCAGCCAGCAGCUCAGAGAGGAGCACCCCAGGGACAAGUCAGCCCAGUGCCCAGGGGGGGUUGGGGGCUGAGCUGAGAGGACAAGAGACUGUCAGAAGGAGAGAGCAGAGCAACAGCAACCAGAGUGGAGAAAAUGGGGUUCCCACAACCCCUGCUAACACUCUGGCCCUGUGCCACUAG